CAUCAAGCUGCGACAGGACUGAGAGCAAAGACGCAAUUUUUAAGAGACAAUUUGUUUACAACCAUGGCGUCGGUUGAUUUCAGAGACAACCUCCUGGGCAUAUCGUGGGUGGACAGCGGCUGGGUGCCGAUUCUUAAUCCUGGGAAUGUUCUGGAUUAUUUCUCUGAGAGAAGCAACCCAUUCUAUGACCGAACCUGCAAUAACGAGAUAGUAAAGAUGCAACGGCUUACUCUGGAGCACCUCAAUCAGAUGGUGGGAGUGGAGUACAUUCUUCUUCAUGCUCAGGAACCAAUUCUUUAUAUCAUUCGUAAGCAACAGCGGCAGACUCCAACACAAGUGAUUCCUUUGGCGGACUACUACAUCAUAGCAGGAGUGGUGUAUCAGGCUCCAGACCUGGGGACGGUUAUCAACUCUAGAGCGCUUUCUGCAGUCCAUGGAAUUCAGUCGGCAUUUGAUGAGGCUAUGUCGUACUGCCGCUACCACCCAUCCAAGGGCUACUGGUGGCAAUUCAAGGAUCAGGAAGAGAGAGAAAAAGCUAAGCCUAAAUCUAAGAAGAAAGAGGAGCCUAGUUCUCUGUUUCAGAGCCAUCGUGUUGACACACUGCUUUUAGACCUCAGAUCAAAGUUUCCACCAACAUUUUACCAGCCUAAGCCUGGUGAAAAGCCAAUUCCAGUUGAGGUAAAUAAGGAACCUGAGCCUCCCACAGAAGCUGUGAAACAAGUGGAGAGGGAACCGGCCACCAAGUCCUCAGCUCCGGCUCCAGCGAGUAAACCACCGCCUGAGAAGAGGGCGAGGCUGCAGUAACGUUCCAGGGGACAUGGAGAUAUGCUGUGCUCCACAGCAUUAAUUGAGAAACAGGCUGCCUUCUGGGAGUCUUUGUGUUUCUGCCCCAAAAAUGCAACCUUGUUAACUUCUCUACUUUUUCUGAACUGAACUGGCACAAAGGGGUGUCCUUACCUUUUUGUAGUCCUUAAGAGCUUAGGAAUAAGUAUAUUUCAGGCAGCUGAACUGAAAACAUGAGUGAUGUCAGCAGGAUCUUUUAAUGUGGAUUUAUUUUUUUGACCAUGCACUGAGAUCAGCAUUAGUAUCUGCCCACUUUUCAACAUCAGCACACCUUUUAUUUCUUGUAUUGACUUCAAAGGACAGUUUUAAAACCUUCUUUCAGAAGAGCUGUUCUAAAGCAUGUUGACAGUUAAGCAAAAGCUAUAACUCUGACCAGAGUACUUACUUGUAACUGUAAAUAAAACACCUUGUUUGCUUUUUUGUAAUAAAAUUAUUUAGUAACUGUAAA